AUGGAUACAAUAUUGCUAUUACUGUUAUCAGUUACGUUUACCGCAUCAUUUGCAUCGUUUAUAAUCAGCUUUAUAAUGGUUAUCACAGUGAUUCUAACAUAUAAAUUUGGUAUAAAUCCUGAUAACAUCAGUGUUAUGAUUGCUUCAUCACUUGGCGAUUUAAUUACUUUCGUCGUCAUGAAUGAAAAUACUCUUGAUGUGCUCAAAUUUGGUUGGUUUGCUUUGUUUGCAGCAAUGUUGAUUAGCAAUUGCGCUGGUAUUGUAUUUCAUAGAAGUAUUCAAUCUUUUCCUGACAUUACCAGUUUACAGUUAGUUGUCAAUGGUGCUGCAGGUAACCUUGUUGGGGUGCAAAUCAGUCGUCUUAGCACCGAAUUGCACCGAAAUGCAAAAACUGGCGAACUCCCUUGUUCUAUUUUAGAAUAUCUUAUUUUUACAAGAGCAUUGCUAGGCGAAGGUAAAGAAGCUCAAGCUUCACGGAUUUUGCUCAUCAUAGGACUUUGUGGACACUCUUUGUUUAUAUCGCUUAUUUUAGUUUAUACCUCAAGUUCCAUGUUGUUUUUAUCAUUUAUAGUAUCAUAUCUAGUCGCCAUAUUUCUCCAGAUUACAUUGCUCCUAUACUUUGGUCAGUUCACGGUUCAUUUACUAUGGAAAUUUAAAUUUGAUCCAGAUAAUUAUUCAAUUCCGUUGUUAACAUCGUUUGGUGAUUUAUUGGGAACUGUAUUCCUUGCUGUGGCAUUCAAAAUAGCCAUCCAAUUUCAUGGACCAUAA